CGCAAUGUUUGUUUUGCAUCGCAGAGAUUUGAGUCUAUGAGGGAUCACUCACAGUCUCAUCGCCGCGGCGAUGCCUUUCUCGCCUGUCCAAGAUGAAGUUGAGUUGAGAUCCUCAUCACUUCUGUUUUCUUUUACAAACUUCCCAUCCACAUCAGCACUUCCACAAACAGAUCCUGAAACUCACUCAUUACUCCAUUCCCGUCUGACUUGAACUCUUUCAUUCUUAUUGUUUGCUCUUUCCUCGAUUCAAUUACAAUGAGCGUCAAGCCUCCGACCACGGCCCAAAUCAGGCUUCUUCUUGCGGUGAUUGAGUCAAGCCGCGAACACAUCAACUGGGACUCCGUCAAGAGUAUUCUUGACUCGGAUGCCAGCCCCGAAGCUCUUCGAAAGAGGCACUACGACCUAAAGCUUAAAUAUCGUAGUGCUGGCCAUGCCUACGGCUCUCCGUGUGCUUUCGCUGCUGAGGAAGAUGAAGGUGCCACUGCCCCCACCCCGCCCAAGGCCAAAAGCGUCUCUACCGCUGGCAAACGUAAGAGAGUCGGCGCCGAAGCUUCCACUACUGAGGGCAAUGACGGAAGCACUAUCGAGCCGCCUGUUUGUUCUAAGAAGCGCGCCACUAAACGUGGUAAAGCCGCUCCUGCCGCUGCGGCGACCAAGACCCCAAACCGCGGCAAUGCGAAGAAGACUCGCACCACUAAAUAUCUUAAGCAGUUUCCUAGAAUUGCGUGGCUUAUACCGCACGGUGGAUCUUAA